AGACAGAAGCGCUUCAGUCCUGGCGACGGCGGGACUCGAUCCCGGGCUGAACUUCCCCUCGCUGACGUCACACUCGCAGCUCCGGACACGGCGCUGAGAAAAAUGCUUCUCUCCGUGCCGCCGAGGACGGGAAUCAACCCAUAUAACGGAUAUAGUAGCAGAAACAGCAAAAAGCAGGGCUAUGUGUCCUCCACCCAUCACAUGGUGCCACUCAGUCUCAGUACCAACAGCACAUGUAAUGCUGGAGGUGGGGAACAGCUGAGCAAAACCAACCUCUACAUUCGUGGCUUACAUCCAGGGACCACUGACCAAGACCUGGUCAAGCUUUGCCAACCGUAUGGGAAGAUUGUGUCUACCAAGGCAAUUCUAGACAAAACUACAAACAAAUGCAAAGGUUAUGGCUUUGUGGAUUUCGACAGUUCUACAGCAGCACAAAAGGCUGUGAUGGCACUUAAAGCUAUUGGAGUCCAAGCUCAAAUGGCCAAGCAACAGGAACAGGACCCCACCAACCUGUACAUCUCUAACCUACCUAUGUCCAUGGAUGAACAGGAGCUAGAAGCUAUGCUCAAAUCCUUCGGUCAGGUUAUAUCUACACGCAUCUUACGGGAUGCUAACGGUACCAGCCGAGGUGUGGGCUUUGCAAGGAUGGAAUCCACAGAAAAAUGUGAAGGCGUCAUUCAGCAUUUUAAUGGCAAAUAUAUCAAAACCCCACCAGGAGUGCCAGUGCCCCCAGAGCCUUUGUUAUGUAAGUUUGCUGACGGAGGGCAAAAGAAGCGACAGAACCACGUGAAAUACCUACAGAACGGUCGUCCCUGGUACAGAGAAGGUGAUAUGGGAGGAAUGACACUCAACUAUGACCCAACAGCCUUACAUAAUGGGUUUUAUUCUUCGCCGUACAGCAUUGCUCCAAACAGAUUGCUUACCCAGAGCUCUUUGUCUCCAUACAUGUCCACACAAGUUCCGUCCUACCAGGUCCCCUCCUGGAUGCACCAUCAGUCAUACCUCAUGCAGCCCAAUGGGACCAUUCUGACCCAGGCGAUGGAUCACCCCAUGUCUAUUCAGCCCACAUCUUUGAUUGGACCCUUGACACAGCAGAUUGGUCACCUGUCACUUGGCAGUGCCGCCACGUAUAUGGCUAACGCAGCUAUGCAAGGGACAUAUAUCCCACAGUACACCCCGAUGCCUCCCUCUACUGUAGAGGACAGCAGUGGCCAACAACAGCAGUGUCCCAUUGAAACUCCUACAGAACACACAAAUUACUCCUAUCAGCACAAUAAAUGAAAUCUCUGAGCUGUCUAAUACAUAACAGGUCUUCACAAAGAGCUGUAGACAAUGGAAAUCUCACUGAGGUUCACAAAUGACCACAGACAUAGAGUACCAGAGAGGACACAGGUCACAUAAAAGGAGCGUCUCUUUAUUUCAAACAGAAAAACAAAUACAUCGCUCAUCCUUCAUUCAACUCCUCUCUCAUCAGGGGCAUUCAACCGAAGGUGGGAGACAGCACGAAAAAGCUAGCAGUCUAUAAACUAUUUUGAUAACAGGACACAAAAAAGACAAAAAAAAAACUACCAUUAUUUUGGGAAUGGUAAGGAGAAACACAUGUGUUUUUUUCAUGUCCGGCAUGGCAAAUUCAUAUUUUUUAAGAAAUAAUUCGGUAACACUUUACAAUAAAGUUAGUUCAUUAGUUAACAUUAGUUAACUGCAUUAGUUAAUAUGAACUGAUAAUGAACUGCACUUAUACAGCAUUUAUUAAUCUUUGUUAAUGUUAAUUUCAACAAUUACUUAUACUUUAUUAAAAUCUUGUUAAUGUUAGUUAUACCACAGGUCUGUUGAAUGCUUUAUUCUGAUUGGCUGAGAAAUGUUCCAUGAGUGUUGCUUAUUUUUCUGUAAACCGCACACCUAACCUUUAAAAUGUCUUAAAAAAGGCACCAGAUCAAUGUUUGUGGUAACUGUGGUAUAAGAGGAAUAAUUGACUCCGGUCCUUUGAAUUAUAAGAAAAUAAUGCACACCCUCGGUGGCACCUUGGGUGUGCAUUAUUUUCUUAAAAUUCAAUGGCCCUUCGUCAAUUAUUCCUUACUUGAUGCACUGUAAACUAAAAGGAACAAACAAUUAAAAGCUUUAUUUCUAUUAACUAACAUUAACAAAGAUAAAUAAAUACUUUAACAAAAUGCUCAUGGUUUGUCCAUGUUUGUUAAUACAUUAACUAAUGUUAACUAAUGAAUCUUAUUGUUAAAGUGUUACCAGUAAUUAUUUAGUAUGAGGAGGAUGAGAAAUUCAGUGUGUCUUUUAUUUUUGUAAAAUAUCCAACCUUUUAUUUUUUAUACGUCUUCAUUUUUGUCUUCAGUUAAGUAGCAAUGAGAUAUUUUAUGCUUACAGUGGAUUUUGUUUAUUUUUUGUUGUUUGAUAUUUUGCUGUUCAUAGAAGGAACCAUUUAAAGCCACUUCUUCAUGUCCUAACUGUUUUUUAAAUAUCUGGAGAGAAAUAGUAAGGACAUAACUUUCCUAAAUCAGGGGUUUUCAAACAGUGGGAUGAGGUCAUGUACCAUAGAAGUCAUAAAAGUUUAAUCGUAUUGUCAAAAUAACUUAUGGAAUAUUUUAUUCAUAAAAUGACAAGGAAAAUAAAAAUAACUCAUUUAUAAAAGUUGAAAUAAUUUUGUUUAUUUUUUAAGUUUACAUUAAAAAAAUAUUUUGGUAGGUCCUAAGAUAUAUCAUACCCAUUUCAAUUGGUCCUGGAGUUAAAAGUUUGAGAACCCCUGUCUUAAAGCAACAGACAAUCAAAAUAUUAUUUAUUGUCCAUUUUGACUUACAUUUUUCAGAAUUAUGAACUUGAUUUAUAUAUUUAUUUGAAGGAUUAAACGUAUUUCAUUUUAAAAGUAUAUUUCUAUAUUCUAUUCCCUUGAUACUUUAGCCAAAAAUAUGUUAUAAUGCUGUUUUUGGCCUGAUAUUACAUUUUAUUUACCAUAUAAUGUCAUAAAAAAAUGUUAGGCUUUCAAAAGUGGCCAUGCAUUUUGAAGUAUGAAUGAUGGAAACAACAAAAUUUCACUUGAGGUGGUUUUUGACCUAUGCCAAAAUUGUGCAAAAAAAAUGCAAAUAAUGUGAGAUGAAAACGCAUUUGCUUAAUAAAUUUUGAUGUAGCGAACAUUAAACCCAAAUGACUGAUCGUCUAGCUGUAUCAGCUGACGUCGUUUUUCCCAUAUAUGUGGCUUGAUGUCGUCUUAAUGCCCUUGCUGCUCGCUCGUGCCUGCAUCAACAAAUCUGCAUUGCUUCUUCUGUGCACAGCAUUCAGUAUAAGCUGCACUGCUAGUAAAUUUAUAACUUUCCCCAUCGUGACUACAUGCAGACCUAUAUCUAUUUUCCAAGUAUGCCUUGUUGUAUUUACUGUUGGUUACUAGGUUACCAAUACCACUGUAAAUCUCUCAAAUAAUUUGAUGGAAAUUCGUAUUUGUUUUUUUUUUUUUUUUGUUUUGUUUUUUUAAGAAACUUUGAAAAGAUUUGCUUCACGUUUGGAUGGAGACCCAACUAAUGAUGCAUGUCUUUCUUACAGGGUAGGAGUUUAGAGGAAGUGACUUUAAGUAGUUUUAUCCCAAAUCUUUUGUAGAAGUGCUGAUAAUAUUUGACCUGAUGAGGCUUCUUCUCUGGCACUGACUGUAGCCAUCUGCAGUUUUCCACAUGAUAAACCAUGUGGAACAUACUAAACAUAUAAAACUAAACAGACUAAACAUUUAAAACAAUGAAUUAUACAAACAUUUAAAACAUACAUUGUGCCACAGAUUACACGUAUCUUAUCCUUUAUCCAGUUUUCCUUAAUUGGGCACUGAUGUAGACCUUUAUUCUCAUCUGUAAUGUUUGUGGUGUUAAUGUAGGCUAAAAGUUCUCCCACUUUCUUUAUCUCUCAUCUCAUCUUUGCAAUCUCUAUCUCUAUCUAUCCAAUUUUAAACCCGCGCUUGUGCGUCUUCUCGCAAUUCUUAGUGAGUUGUGUUGACUUUACCCGGGCUACGUAGACCCAUCAGUAUAUUCAGCUGAGCGCAUAGUGACAUUAAACGAUUGACGCGUCAUGUAAUUGAGCGGUUAGAAUCCGAUUGCGCAUUCUGUAUUUUUGUCACAGGUGAUCGCAUAUGUGCGAGUACUUGUAAAAAUAUAUUUUGUUUGCAGUCUGGAGCCCUUGGUGCCCCCCUAUUGCCUGGUGGCCCAGGGCACUCAUCCAAUCCCGUUUAUGGAUAAUCCAGCCCUGAUCUCAAAGGAUGUGUGACAUCACUCAUCAUACUUGGGGCCUACACCUUUAUAACUUGAUGCUUAUUGAACUUCAUUAACCUUCGCAAAGACUCCGUAAUCUAUGAAUUUAUCUUGACUGUUCUUUGCAAACAGAUUUUACUCUUGACAGAAAGUGAUAAAACCAAAAAGUCAAUGAAAACAUAUCAUUCUCUCAAUAAAAGAGCUAUAGAUGGUUUUCGAUAUACUCAAGAUCAUUGAGUAAACAGAGUUAAGUCCUUGAUUCACCUUUCUUAUAUUGACCUCUGUGUUCUGCUGAAACUUUAAUGCAGUAUUGAAAGUUCUUUCAAGAUAUUUAUACUUUUCUACUCCUCACAUCAUGAAUAUAUGAAAAAUAUGACUGGGUCUGUUAAAUUGGGCAACUUAAAAGUAUCUCCUGUCAUAAUUUUUUUUGUUUCGAUGUAUUAGGAUUUUUAGAUAUUUUAUUAAAAAACAAAAUGAUAUUUUUGUAUGACAUAUGCAGUAGCCUCAUCAGGUUGUGUUAUUUGUUAUCAGGACUUUGGUUGUGUACACUGUCAGAAAAAAAAAUAAAAAAAUUCCCUAACUGUCAUUUGGGCAGUAUAAGUACACCGUUGUACACAUUGGUACCAGAGAGCAGGGCUUUGAACCAGAAUUUUUUCCCAAUUGGUUCGUUCCGAACAGAAACAGUGUUUUAACAUUUCCGGGUUUCGGUUAAACCCUAAACUUGACGUUCCUGAACCGGUUAGAACAAAACAAUUAAGUUCCUGAACCGGUUAAUAAUGUUCCAUGUCAGCUGUGGGACAUACAAAUAAGUAGGCUGAUCAUUAGGACAUUAAACUUAAAUUAUUAGUCUACAUAAUUUUCCUUACAAAAGUCUCUAUCUUGUCAUCAAACAUUAAAAAGGCUACAUUAUGUAAGCGGCAUAACUGUAAUUCUGACAUUCCCACAUUUGUUGAGUGCACUUAAACACGCGCACACACACAGACGGAGGACGAAUUCCAAAUGGCGCUUUGGGAAGAAGAUGCAGCAUAAACAGUCGCUCCACAUAAAAUGAUACUUGCAUUGUUUUUCAGUGCUUUAUUCGCCAAAUGUAUUUUACACAAUAGUGACACAGUAGUUCAACUCUCUCUCUCAAGUUUACACAUCAAGAGUUCUGAUCUUUGAAGGGCAUAGGGAUAAUCACGUUUGAUUGGAGUUGGACCAGACACAUUCAACCACAUGUGCAUCUGUGUGUAUAGAAAAUUGCUCACUUUAUGUUCUGGAACAUAUAUUUUUGAAAAAAGUUUCUGGUUUCGUUUCUGUUCCAUGCAAAACAUCAGAAGUUUCUGGUUUUCAUUUUCGUUCCAUGAACCGGUUCAAAGCCUGGCCAGAGAGUGAAUAUUAGUACCUCAAAGGUACAUAUUAGUGCCAAUGUUGAAUUGUUUUCUGACAGUGUACCAUAGAGAUAUGUGUUGGUGCUGGUGUAAGACAUGAAAUGUGCAGAAGAAGAACACUCAUUAUGAUUAGGAUCACAAAGGACAGAAGCAGUUCUUUAUAGUAUGAUGUAACUUUUGAGUUCAUGCUGCUCUUUUGUGUUUUAUAAUGGUUUGUUUUUAUGUACGUGUGCUUUUUUAUCUUCACAUUUAACACACUUUAGCUGUAGUGUUUUAGGCAAAGCUUUAUAUUUCUGAAGAGCUCCUCUGGUUAUACCUAAGGACCUGUAUGUGUGUUGGAUGGUGAUGUAUUUAAAUCCACUGUGUUGGACUUUUUUAUGCACAACUCAAAAACAUUUGAGUUUGCUUCCACUUUUUCUUUCUAUCUUUGUUGUUUUACUUGAAAUGGACCUUCCUGGCUGAUCAUGAUUUGUUAUUCCAAAACAUCUGAAAUCAAACCCAAUCAAUCUCAUUGUCAGUCUGCAAAGUUGUCUUUUUGUAGUUUUGGAUGUAGGCCAUCAGAGCCAAGCGGGGUGUCAAUGAGCUCAUAACUAUAAAACCAUCACUUUGAGGCAACCCAUUAGUGCAUUUUAAAUUUAUAGAAUGUAAAGCCAUAAUCAUGAUCUAAAAACUGGUUUAAAUGGUCAGACGUUUUGGCAAUAUGUUGAUCCAUAAAAAUGCUUUGUGGUAAGAACAUUUGAUAUCAUAUAAUUCAAUUUCUUGCUAGAAUAAUGACAUUUAAAGAGAUUUGAUAUACCUCAUCCCCUUGACUCAGGCUGAAAUUCAGGCUUUUGCUAGUCAAUGGAUUCAAUCAUUUAUGUGAUAUUCCUGUUUCCAAAGAAUUAAUUCCUGCUACCAAAGAUAGAAAUACCUCUGUAAGAUAUGAUUCAGAUUGUACAGCAUUUAUUACCCUUAAAUCUAAUAUCAAAUUAAAACCCAUUCAUGAUCAUGGAUCCGAUGAGGUUUGAAAUAUAAAGUUUCAGUUUGUUAAAUGCAGAAUAAAUCAAAGAUAAAGCUGUUUUAUUAUUUUUUUUAUUUCUUAUGCCUUGCCUACUUUGUGAUUUUAUUAUUAAUGAUUUAAUUUUAAAAAAUGUCAAAUGUUUUGUUUUGAAACGAAAACUGUUUCUAAGAAUAAACCAUGCAGUUCAUCUCAUGAAUUAUUUUUUUUAUUUAACAAACCUGGUAAAUUCAUUCUGGAUUGGAGAUGAUACAUGACUUUCAGUGUAUGAUUCCUAUGAAUCUGUAUUUCCUGUUUAUCUAUUUUAAACUAAAUAGCUGCUACCCUUAUAGACAUUGGUAUGUUAAAAGAUACCUUAAUAUUCAUGAGCUUCCAAAGUCAUCCUAAUAUGCUCAUUUCAUAGUUUCAAGGUAUUGCUGCUACCAUGAGGUGUCCAAGCUGUUCAUCGGACAUAGCCAUGAAAUACAGAACCAUUAUUCUAGAAAAUUUUCAAUUGCUAUAGUUGCUUUAAUAUCUGGAUAGUUUCCUAUAUAAAUUGUUAGCCGUAGAGAUGUUUUUCUGAUGUCAGUAUUGUGACUAUCAAAUGGCUUGUCUCUUGAACAGCUUUAUGAACGUAUUUAUACAGUUAACACAUUUUGUACAAGUAUCUGAAGAAACUUUUUGAUAUUGAUUUGUUUGUGCGUUAAACAGUUUCCAGCCAGUAAUGUGCCUUUCUGUGCCACAGUUUGUUUUACUGUUUUUAAUUUGAUGUAAAAAAAAACAAAGAAAAUAAUCUUCUGGUUUGUUUUUCUUGUUUAUUUUAAAUGUUCUGUUGAACUCCUUUUUUAAUAAUAAAAGCAUCUUUUUUGUAUGUU